ACAGCGGGGUGCUGGGCUCUCUCGGUCCGCCGCCGCCUCUCUGCCCAAUGAGCUGCACCAGAAUGAUCCAGGUUUUAGAUCCACGUCCUUUGACCAGUUCAGUCAUGCCAGUGGAUGUGGCCAUGAGACUUUGCUUGGCUCAUUCACCGCCUCUGAAGAGUUUCCUGGGCCCUUACAAUGACUUUCAAAAAAGAAAUUUUGUGAAUAAAUUAAAGCCUCUGAAACCAUGUCUCAACCUCAAACAGGAAACCAAAUCACAGAACGAAUGGAAGCGCUCACACAACCAAACCAAGAAGCGGGUUGUGUUUGCUGAUUCCAAGGGUCUUGCUCUCACGGCUAUCCAUGUCUUCUCUGACCUCCAAGAAGAACCAGCCUGGGAUCUCCAGUUUGACCUCUUGGACCUUAAUGAUAUCUCCUCUGGCUUAAAACUUCAUGAGGAGAAAAACUUGAUUUUAGAUUUUCCUCAGCCUUCAUCUGAUUACUUAAGUUUCCGGAAACACUUUCAGAAGAAUUUUGUGUGUCUGGAGAACUGUUCUUUGCAAGAGCGAACUGUGACUGGGACUGUCAAAGUGAAAAACAUGAGCUUUGAGAAGAGAGUUCAGGUCCGAAUCACUUUUGACACUUGGAAAAGCUAUACAGAUGUGGACUGUGUCUACAUGAAGAAUGUGUAUGGCAGCUCUGAUAGUGACACCUUCUCAUUUGCCAUUGACUUACCCCCUGUCAUUCCAACUGAGGAGAAAAUUGAGUUCUGCAUUUCUUACCAUGCUAAUGGGCGGGUCUUCUGGGACAACAAUGAGGGCCAGAAUUACAGAAUUGUCCACGUGCAAUGGAAACCUGAUGGGGUGCAGACGCAGAUGACACUCCAAGACUGUGCAUUCCCCCAGGUGCCCCCGAAGACCGAGUUAGAAUCAACGAUCUUUGGUAGUCCCAGGCUGGCUAGCGGGCUCUUCCCAGAAUGGCAGAGCUGGGGGAGAAUGGAGAACUUGGCCUCUUAUCGAUGAAUUAAGCAACCUAGUGACUGGUCUUGACCUGUCAUAGUCCCCAUGCAAUUCUAGGUCUGUAUUGCUCAAUAUUAGGAAGUUUUUGAUACUUUCCAUCAGUAGGUUUAGGUUUGAGCUUUUGUGGACUUGUUUCAGAAUAUAUACAGC